AUGGAUACACUGAGACGUACUUUCUCGGUACCGGGAUCUACGCGCCAUGCGAGUCUACAGAGGGAAGGCGAACCAGGGGAGGCGAGUGAUUCUUCGAGCAGCGACGAUAAUCGAGUGCAGUUUAGUGGAGAUGGCUUGAACACGGGCGUCAAGGUGCUAGGUGACGGACGCCUUGACAUUCAAAUCAACGAGCACAGGCCCAACAUCGCAGGGUUGUUGAGGGGUAUGCAGCGAAGCCCUCUACUAUCUCAUCAAACGUCAGAAAUUAGUCUAUCAGAAGACAGAGAUAGCCAGCAAGGUGUUCCACCAGGCAAAGGGAUAGACUUUCCGCUUAAAUUGAAUAUUUUAAUCCAAGUGAUCGGCUCUCGUGGAGAUAUUCAACCGUUCAUCGCUCUGGGGAAAGAGCUCAAAAAUCACGGCCACCGCGUCCGAUUGGCCACACACCUUGCAUUCCGAGAUCCUGUCAUUGAGUCCGGCCUGGAAUUCUUCAGUAUUGGAGGUGACCCCGCCGAUGGAGCUAUUCAAAAGCGUCGUCGGGAAAUGGAUCAAAUUAUCAAUGGGUGCUGGAAAUCUUGCUUUCAGACAAGUGACGGGACGAAGUUGCAUCAAAUUGUAGAGGACCCGUGGAGUGAUGCUGUGGACUGGCGAAAACGGCCCUUUGUUGCAGACGCAAUUAUAGCCAACCCCCCCAGUCUAGCACACAUACAUUGCGCACAGAGGCUGGGUAUUCCACUGCAUAUUAUGUUUACGUUAGUAUACGCGAAAGAAGAAUCCCUGGGGCCACUUACUAAAAUUAUACGGAAUAGAAUGCCAUGGUCACCGACCCAAUCGUUUCCACACCCCCUAGCCAUCAUUCACCAGCAACGGUGUAAACCAAGCGUUGCAAAUUUCGUAUCAUAUGCUGUUGUCGAUAUGAUGGUCUGGGAGGGGUUAGGCGAUCUUGUGAAUAAGUUACGGAAAAAAGUAUUAUCAAUGGAUCCAGUAGACAGCAUCACAGCUCCGAGUUUGAUCCAUCGACUCCAGAUUCCUUGUUCAUAUCUAUGGUCCCCAGCGUUACUUCGGAAGCCACGCGACUGGGCUGGCAAUAUUGACAUUUGCGGGUUCAGUUUUCUUCCAUCCGAGUCCAAUUACCAACCUCCACAGGAGAUACAAGCAUUCCUUGAUGCAGGCUCAACACCAAUUUAUGUUGGCUUCGGCUCUAUUGUUGUGGACAAUCCAAUCAAGCUAACUGAAGUUAUAUUCAAAGCAAUCGAAAAAAGCGGACAGCGCGCCCUUGUCUCUAAAGGCUGGGGUAACUUGGGUGCCGAUAAUGAUGAGACUCCUGAUAACAUUUUGGUAAUUGGAAGCUGUCCGCAUGACUGGCUUUUCCGACAUGUCUCGUGUGUUAUCCACCACGGCGGUGCUGGCACAACAGCUGCUGGUUUGGCUCUUGGGCGACCCACUAUCAUCGUUCCUUUCUUCGGGGACCAAGAAUUCUGGGGAGGUAUAGUUGCAAGGGCUGGAGCUGGCCCCCCCCCCCCCCCAAUUCCACAUAAACAGUUGACAGUGGAUAAACUGAGUAGCGCGAUAAAAAUGGCUCUGGAGCCCUCAACGCAUGAGAGAGCCCAGGACAUUGGAAAUAGGAUGAAAACAGAAUCUGGUGUGAAGGAUGCUGUGCGCAGCUUUCACCGACAACUUGAUCUGGAAUCUAUGAGAUGUGCGAUUUUUCCUGAUCGCCCCGCGGUUUGGCACAUUCGGCACACGAAGGUUGGGUUGAGUGCCCUUGCAGCCUCUACCUUGGUUGAAAUGGGGCGGCUGUCGCCUUCAGGGCUUGUCUUAAACCGGCCCAAAGAAUAUGACACUUACCGCGACCCGGCCGGCCCUCUCAGUGCAUCAGCACAGGUAUUGUUUGGAGCCAUUGCCAACUUUAUCAUUGGCAUAGCUGAUACGCCAGUGGGCUUUGUUGGAGAUAUUUUUUCCGCGGGUCGUUUGAUAAACCACCCGCAUGAUCAUUCCAAUCCUAUCCAGGAGUAUGUGUGCCGUCGGGCGCAUCGGCCAUCCCGAUCCCGUUCUCAUUCCCAUUCACGCUCACGCGAAUUUUCGGCUAGCAAUUCUGAAGCCGAAACUGAAAGUGAAACUGAUGAUGAAAGAGAACCAGAACAGCUUCAACAGCAUCAGGUAGUACUGGCGGAACAAGAUGAGGAUAUGGAUAGCCUAGAUGACGAGGAGCACAUGAAUGGAAGUCUUGACAUAGAAAAGCUGGACAGGGCGACAAGCUUGCACCUCGAAAAGCAGGUGACGAUGGGUUGUGAGAUGCGAUCGGGCAAACAACCAAGUAUUAUUACUGAAGCAGCAAUACAUUGGACUAUGAUGUCGAAACGGCUAUUGAACCAUCUCAUUUGGCUACCCACUGAUCUCUCACUGAGUCUUUCAAAAGGCUUCCACAAUGCGCCAAGACUGUACAAUGAUCCAACGGUCACGGAUACGCCCAACGUUCAUGGCUUUAGAAGCGGAUUCAGAGCGGCUGGAAAGGAAUUCACCGAUAGUUUCUAUCAUGGUAUAACAGGCCUCUUUACUCUCCCCAGAUAUGGCCUGAAAGAGAAUGGUGCUACAGGCAUGUUCAAGGGUGUUGGAAAAGGCAUCUGUGGGAUUAUUUUGAAACCUCCAGCCGGUCUCUGGGGGCUUGCAGGUUAUCCACUUGCUGGAAUUCGCCGAACCCUUCUGGUCUCCUUGGGUAAAUCCCAGCAGAAUCAUAUUGUGGUCUCCCGCAUUAAGCAAGGCCACGAGGAAAUGCCAAAAGCGUCAGAGGAAGACAGAUCCGAAUUGGUCAGGAAGUGGAUACUACUUGAAGAGGAGUUGAGAAAGAGUACACGAUAUAGUCGCGGCAGUGCAUGGAAUCAUGAACAUGAUGUACCCACGCAUCUACCUGCAAAUGCCCCAACAGCCGUCCCCAUCCCCGAGAUUCGGAUUAACUGA